AUGACAACUAUGGCAAAGGGUGCCGAAAAGACUUCCCUUGUGAAUGAAAGAGGUGGAAAGAGGUACACCAUAGAUCUUCCCAGGUAACCAUGUCAUGCCUGUUUCAUACUAUUGCUUUACUCUCUGCAGAAUACCAAGAUAGGCAUGUUCUAAAGAUGUUACUGUUACUUUUAUAAUUUGCUGGAAGUUGCCCAGAGUGGCUGGGGCAAUGCAGACAGAUGUGUGGCAUAUUUAUUAAUUAUUAUUAUUAUUAUUAUUAUUAUUAUUAUGAAACAUUAUUGGUUCUAGACUUGCUGCAAGCUGCAGCAUCACUUACUACAGAACAUUCUCAUUAAUGUGGGAUAAGUUGUGGAUAGGCACGGCAGUGGAAUUCAAUUCAGUUUGCCACUGAUAGGUAAGCCUACCUAAUUUGAUCCUUCCAAAACAAUACACAAACUGAAAAACUGUGCAGCUUUGAAAUUUGCAUUUCUCUGAAUUUGCAAUGUAGUUCUCCAGUCAAGUAAUGGUGUAGAAAACUGCAUAUACUGAGGUAAAAUGUCCGUAAAAAUGGAUAUAUUAGUGAAAACAGGAUGCAAAAAGGCAUUAUAUUAAAAAAUUGUAUAUUAGGCAAAACUGCAUACUUACAUGUGUAUAUUAGGAGAAUAUACACCCUAAAAUGCUGCUGAAUUUUCAUGAGGACUUUGAAAAAUAAGUAAAUUACAAACAGAUGUGGAAAUGUGAGAACAGAACUUAUGAAUGAAGCUGGGAGAAACCAAAACUGACAGAUUCACUCAUUUUCAGUUAUGGAUUACAAGUUUAACUUACUUGAUAUAUUCUGUUAUCCUACUGUAUUGUAAGCCACUUUUGUUAUCCUACAAAAUACUGAAGUAUAAAUAUUAAAGCUAAUUAUUUAGAUAGCUGCAAACUUGGCUCCGUCUCCCUUUUCCUGUAAUACAUUUCCUCCCAAAUAUUUUGCACAAUCCUCACAUGUCUACUCAGAAGUAAGCCCAGUGGGUUCCGUGGACCUUGCUCCCAGGUCAGUGUGUAUAGGAUUGCCGUUAUAGUGAACUAGAUGAUUUAGAGUUAGGUUGCAACUUAUAUAUAGUUUACUAGGAAUGAACCCCACUGAAGUCUGUGGACCUACUUCUGAGUAAGUUUACAGAUGAUUGCCCUGUUAUCAUCCAAGUAAACUGGGGGAGGAGCUAUGGCCGAAAAGAUAUGAAAGAAAUCUAUUAACUUUCUUCUUUUUUUAGUGUUAAAUUGGUUCAAGAGGCUUCAUAGGACGUGAUUCAUAUAAAUCGGGCUUCCUCAACCUCGGCCCUCCAGAUGUUUUUGGCCUACAACUCCCAUGAUCCCUAGCUAGCAGGACCAGUAGUCAGGGAUGAUGGGAAUUGUAGUCUCAAAACAUCUGGAGGGCUGAGGUGAGGAAGCCUGAUAUAAAUAGAAGUAAAGAAACAAAUUGUAGCCACCUUGGUUAUUUGUCACAGUCACAUCCAAGGAAUAUUGACACACACUCUUCGUUACUUCAGACUGAUGUAUUUUGCGCCACCAGUCUGAGCCACACCACUGUAAUACCAAUAACUCACUCGUCGAAUUGAGAGCAGAGUGGGAUGUUUUCUCAGUCAGCCUAGCAAAUUUACUGUCGCACAGCAUAGCACAUUAAUUACAUGCUAUUGGCGUGUAAUUUAUUCAAGGCCCCCACUGAAUGCAUAAAACCUCUUAAGAUAAGCAGGCUAGUAAAUUAACGAAAGAAAUCUAAACCAGCAGCCUGAUCCCCAAAGUCUUGGAAAUCUGUGAUUUCACAAAUAUGGACCCCACGUUUCCAUACUCUCGUGUGCAGAGAAUCUCUCUCACUUGGCAGAUAACCUGUAUCCUAAGGAUCUCAGAUGCCUGCCCUUGGUUUAAAAGGAGCGCAAUUCUAGUCUUUGUGGCUGCAAAGGUGAGCAUGAAAAUGUGUCGUCAGCAGAGGUGCCACCAUGGCUGAAGAUUGGGGGGGCGCAGCGUGAGUGUGAAAUCACGCAUGUGGUGAGUGGCGCGUGCACACUGUCGAGAGGAGGCGUGUCAUUGGGAACAGACCUUGCCCAGUGCUGUGCAGCUUUAAUGGCUGUAGCUCCUCCUCUCUCACACUCAGGAGGAGUCUGCCUUUGAUGUUGUGCCACGCUCAGCUUGGUGACUCAGCCUCUUCUGCCCCCUCAAUAAUGGGGAGCUAAGCAGCCUCCUAAGAAAUACAGGUAAAACUCGAAAAAUUAGAAUAUCGUGGAAAAGCUCAUUUAUUUCAGUAAUUCAACUUAAAAUUAUAACAAAUAAAGGCUUGACAUAUCUCGCUUUGCAUGUCAUGAGUCUAUUUCAUAUAUUAGUUUCACCUUUUAAGCUGAAUUACUGAAAUAAAUGAACUUUCCCACGAUAUUCUAUUUUUUCGAGUUUCACCUGUAUUGAGGGGGCAGGUGACACUUCUGCGCUCCAGAGUUGGCGCACCUGGUGGUCAGUGCCUGGUGAAAACUGAGGUGCCAGUGGCAGGCUGGCAAGGCUUACUGGGCGACAGGGGAGAGGGCUUGGUAAUUUAUUCAGCUCACAGAAUGUGGCUUUUCUUGGAACAGAAAUGAUGGAGAGGGAGGGAAGGCUUGUGUAGAGAAUAGAAAGUCGUUGAAUUCACAAACGCUUCUUGUUCCUCUCUCACACAUGACAUUGAUCUACUAAGGAAUAAUCCACACAAAGAGAACCGCAGUGAGAAAUCAGCAAACGUUGAGCCGGUUUCAAGGUAUCACUGCCAUAACCACUCAGAAGCCUAUGAGGAGAGAAAGGGUGAAGAGCGACAAGCCAAGAAGAAGCUUUACCUGGCAUCCACAAUCUGCUGCAUCUUCAUGAUAGCAGAAGUCGUAGGUGGGAGUUCACUAUUUCUCUUGUUAAAUCUCUCUCUCUUUCUCUCUCUCUCUCUCUCUCUCUCUCUCUCUCUCUCUCACACACACACACACACCCUCUCUAAUCGAGGUAAAUGGGAAGUGCAGUCAAACCUCAGUUGUCAAACUUAAUCCGUUCCGGAAGCCCAUUUGGCUUCUGAAAUGUUCAGCAACCGAGGUCCAGCUUCUGAUGGGCUGCAGGAGCUUCCUGCGCUCAAGUGGAAGCCGCGUCGGAUGUUCGGCUUCCGAAAAAGGUUCGAAAAUCAGAGCAUCUACUGCAAGACAGAGCUGUUCCGCCUGGCCUUUGGUUUGGUCCUGACCCUUAUGUUUCCCUCCCCUUAUGGUUUUGAUUUAUGGGCUACUAUUAAAAUGAGGCCUCAUUUUAAAUUGUAUUUUAACCCGUAUUAUAAUAAACUGGUUUGUUGGUUGGUUUGUUUUCCCCCUAUUAUGUUUUAUUUUUUAUUUUAUUGGUGUUAGCCACCCUGAGCCCAGCUUUGGCCAGGGAGGGCGGGGUAUAAAUUAUUAUUAUUAAUAAUAAUAAUAGUUAUUAACAACACAAGGUUUUCCCCAUCUCUAGUUUAUAAAUCGUUUAAAUUGUUGUAGUGCCAGCUUUAAGCAGGGCUCUUUCUUUUGCUGCAGAACUUUAAGCUCUGAUGAAACACGUAUUAACUGCUAGUACAGACAGCAGUCUCUUUGACAUUGCAACGAUGAAACUGUUUUAUUUUCAAAAUCAGUCUAGACAGUGCUUGCUGGAUGAUUGACCACUGAGUGACUGACAAUUCCCCUUGCUGUGUUAGUGCACAAAGCAGUAAACAAGUCACUGUGAAUAACGCUCCAUCUCGGAAACAAAUUGGUAGGAACAUCAUUACAAAGCAAUAAAGACUUGCUAAUCUGAAAGAAGCAUUUGUCUUUAAAAUAAUGAGAGAACAAAUUAUCCUUCCAUCCUGCUCUUAGGGGCAAACGUAACUGAUACAGUGGUCUGGAUCACAUACAACGCUACGCCAAAGGUAUUACUUCAGGUGGACAAGGAAGUGCGCAGCUGCACAGAGCAAAAAGAGUCAAAGCCACUUUGCUCCUUCCUUGAUCCUGCUGCUGCUGGGCCACCUGGAGCUAAGAUAUGGUUUGGAUCAAUGUUGUUUUCAUAAGGACGUUUUAAACAAACAACAACAAAAACAGCAAAUGGGCGUGGCAAUGUGGAGAACUGACUUUAAGAUUGGAAAAACGAGAAACUGAGAGAAACCCCAGUUGUCAGAUUCAACAAUACCUAAGCCAAUGUGAACCAGAGGAUGGAAAGAUCCUGGUUUGAAGGACACAGUGGCUCUCUCUCUCUCACACACACACAUGUCCAGCCAUCUAAUAGUUACAUCAGUCAUGCCUUGUAGGGACCAGCUGAGAGGCCCAAACCCCAGUAGGAGACCCACUACCAAUCCCCGGGUGCCUCCUGUCCCUGGUGAUCUUCCUCUGUGCUGUUCUUGUUUCUUCUCCUGCCGCCCAUGACCAAGCCUUGAAAGGAACCCUGAGAAAGUGCUGUAAAGUCCACAUUCCUUGUCCUGUCUCUGUCUCGAAGAUCUGGAAGAUACAGUGUCCUGGAUCUUGAGGGGGAGGAUAGGCUGAGUGAGGAUGGAGGGGAGAAGCAGUCUGUAGAGGAUCCAAAGGUCUUCCUGCAAUGGCCACUCCUGAGUAAAAAUAUGUAAGUUUUGAGUGACAAAAAGACUACCAUAUACCCUCCAACGUUCCUCAGAUGCAAAUAGGGCCAUUCUAUUCUACAUCAGUAUCACAGAUAGUUAGUUGUAUUUAUUGAUUUGGGGGGUUUCUGUUUCCCUCAGGCUUUCCUAACCACAAUACAUAAAUUCAAAGAUUCCUACGCUUAAAAAGCUGCACCGUUUCCUGUAAUAACUUUUGUACUUGAUCAACCACGAGGAAAGGUUCAAGCAGUGAUACUGAUGUGGAACACAAUGUCCCUAUUUUCGUCUGGGGAAAGUUGGAGGGUAUGCUACCACUGUCUUUUGUGUGCCAUCUGUUUUGAAUUUUUGCUUCCUUCCUUGGAUUGAGUAACUAUCAUCAUUGCUUUGACCUAGGUGGACACAUGGCAGGGAGUCUUGCUGUGAUGAUGGAUGCAUCCCAUGUAAUGGUGGACCUGAUGAGCUUUCUGAUCAGCAUCUUUUCUCUGUGGCUGUCAUCUAAACCCCCCAAUAAGAGAUUCACCUAUGGAUGGCACAGAGCAGGUACCAUACGUUAUUGCAAUGUGAAAACUAUGAAAAGCAAUCCCUAUCAACAAUGGAUCAGAUGCCGAGAUCAGCACAGAGUAGGGUUCCUCAAGCUUGGGUCUCUAGCUGUUUUGGGACCGUAACACCAAUCAUCCCUAGCUAGCAGGACCAAUGUGGUCAGGGAUGAUGGGAAUUCUAGUCCAAAAACAACUGGAGGACACCAGGUUGUAAAAUGUUUCGGGUUGUAGCCAACUAAGGUCCUACUCAGAGUAGACCUAUUGAAAUUAAUAAACCUAAGUUCAUGUCUAUUAACUUCAUUGGGGCUAUUUCAGGCUUCAGGAGGAUCUCCAGAGCCUUGGAAUUAAGAAACAGAUUGCUUCUGAGCAUAUGCUUAGUCCAGGAAUUUGUCCACAGUGUCAGAAUGGAGCUCACCAUCAUGUGAUAAAUAAAUUAACUCCUGGUUUUCCCCGAAGCUUUCUUCUUCAGAGCAGAUCGAUUUUGAGGACAAAAAUGUCUGUCUCCUUUUUUUUUACGGUUACUAUUGUUAAGCAAGUGGGAGUUGGAAAUCCCUGUCAAACUACUCUGAAUAAUUUUAUGUGGACUGCUUUGGGGUCCUUGUUAGGUUGCUUUUAUGAAUGACUGGGGGCCCCUCCACCAGAUGUGGGGUUUUUUGCUGCUAUAUUCUGCAACGUGCCAUUGAUAUAAUAAUACUGCAUUUGUGGCAAAUUUGUACUGGACUAUUCACAUAUCAUUCCACUUUGUUAGCUGUUGUGCGAUGCUUCCUCCGUUUUUACCCUAUUACUGUACUGCUAUCUGGAAGGACACCUUUGCACUACAGUGUAAAAAAAAAAUGAGAGACAUGAAACAAACCCCAAAACCUUUGUGGCAUGAAGAAUUUCAGCAAAAAGCUAAUGGGACAUGUACUGAUUGGAAAUGAAGCAAUAUGUCUGCCUUGAAACUCUUGCAGGUACAAACAGUACAGAAUCAUGUGUGACCUCCCCAUAACAUCAUGUCUACAAAUCAUCAUGAAUGCACAAUAAAAGGGAGGUCCAGAAUGAAUGAAUGAAUGAAUGAAUGAAUGAAGUGUCAUGACUUCCCCAAAGGAAUCCUGGGAAUCAGGAGUUCUGUUGGCGAAUUCUACCUUCUUCACAGCACAACAUAUCCCAGGAUUCCCUGGUGCAAUGGAAUGACCAUUAACAACUUCCCCUCCUCCUCCUCCUCUUUCUUCUUUAUUGAAUUUAUAGACCGCCCUAUACCCGGGGAUCUCAGAGCAGUUCACAGAAUAAAAUCAAGAUAUAAAACCACAAAAUACAUAACAAUCCAAUAGCCACCCCCACACAAAAAAAAAAUUCAAAGGGGCAUAGAAUGUAAAUCAGAUCAACCAAAGGCCUGGUUAAAAAGGAACGUUUUUGCCUGGUGCCUAAAGGUGUAUAAUGAAGGUGUCAGGCAAGCUUCCCUGGGGAAAGCAUUCCACAGAUGGGGAGCCACUGCAAAGAAGGCCCCUUCUCUUGUUGCCAUCCUCCAGACCUCUCAAGUAGGCAGAACAUGAAGAAGGGCCUCAGAAGAUUAUCUCAGGGUCUGAGUAGGUUCUUAUGGAAAGAGGUGGUCCUUGAGAUAUUGCGGUCCUGAGCUGUUUAAGGCUUUAUGGGUCAAAACCAGCACUUUGAGCUGGGCCUGGAAACUAAUUGGUAGCCAGUGCAGUCGGACCAGAACUAGCGCAGUCGAACCAGCACCAGUCUAUAGUGUAGGUAGAAGAUCAUAUGCCCUACAUCCAGUUGGGGGGGACGGGACAGUUUUUCACUGGAAAAAUAUUUUAGUUAUCCUACUAUCCUAACAAUUAUUUGAAUCACUAGAAAUCCUUGGAGCUUUCCUGUCAAUUAUCGUCAUCUGGGUGGUGACUGGCAUAUUGACGUUUUUAGCCGUCAUGAGGCUGUGGCACCCACAUUAUGAAAUUGAAAGUACAGUCAUGCUCAUUACGUCUGCCUGCGCAGUAAUAGCCAACAUAAUGUAAGUGGUCCUUUAUUUUUGUUUUAAUCUUAAAUGCUUCUGUGUCGAGAAAAAUGUCAUGUUAUCAUGAGCAAUCUCUCCCCCCCCCCUUUAAAAGUCUAGCUGGGUUCUGCAGUUAUAUUUCAGCAGGGGAAAACUGCAAGAGAAUAUAGAGUUCAACUAAGCUGGAUAUUUUGACAUCGCUGGAAUGGGCUGGGAUGUUCAGGGGAGGGAUGCUAAGAUGUCGGAUUCACACAAAGAACAGCUGUGUAAGACAAACUGGGUUUGCUUCAAGUCCUGAUUCAGCAAUUGUGAUCGGCCCCCAGUUUCUUUUGGAACAUGCCAUACCUCACCUGACCCAGGUGCUGAACCAAAUUGGUGAACUUCCACAACCCCUGGGUCAGGCAGCAAGGAGAAGCAUGGAACAAGGAAUGGAUGUCUCUCUUACAUCAUCUCUUUCCCCCUGCCUCAUUGCCCAAACACAUGUUUAAUAUCCUCCACCCCUUUUGACAGCUCUGGGUGAAUCCGAUCCAUGCAGAUCCAUUCUUAGGAUCCAGGCAGAUCCAGCCUUAACCCAUUCCGGAAAAAUCUCAGAACAGCCCAAAUCAGCUCAAUUGAGAUUUGUCUGGUCUAGAUGCAUGGGCCUAGUUGUUAUCUAAAUGUUACUGCAAUCAUUUGGAAUAGCGUUAAGGAAAUAAUGAAUGGCAUUGGUCUCAAGGAGCUUACAGCCUAAAUGUUGACAGCUGGGAAGACAACAGAGGAAGGGAAGGGGGGGGGGAGAAAUGCAAUUACAAUUAAACAUAAUUAGGCUUCAUUACAAUUUGAGGAUCAGGGGCGUAAGCCAAAUGCUUCAUGGGGAAAGUAGGUGAUUCAAAGGAGGAGCAGGGAGGCCACCACGUACACUGGUACCUUGGUUCUCAAAUGCCUUGGUACUCAAACAACUUGGAACCCAAACACUACAAACCCAGAAGUAAGUGUCCCAGUUUGCAAACAUUUUUCGGAAGCCAAAAAUUCUCUGUUUUGAGUGUUACACUUCCGAUUUGAGUGCCACACUUCUGUUGUGAGUGUUACGCUGAGGUCUGUCUGUUUUUGCUAUUUAUUUUGCAUUUUUGUUUUUGCGGCUCUUUUUGUUUGUUUUUGUGACUGUUUGGAACCCAGUUCAGCUAACUGAUUGAUUGAUUGUGUGACUGCAGUACAUUGUUUAUUGCUUUCAUUUUAUGGAUCAAUGGUCUCGUUAGAUAGUAAAAUUCGUGUUAAAUUGCUGUUUUAGGGGUCUGGAAUGGAUUAAUCCAUUUUGCAUUACUUUCUAUGGGAAAGCGAGCCUUGGUUUUGGGACGCUUUGGUUUUGGGACAGACUUCCAGAACGGAUUAAGUUUGAGAACCAAGCUACCACUGUACAAGUGUUUCAACAGUCUUGUGGAGGGAGACAGGAAGAAACAAAUGCACUUGUCUGCCCAAACUCAUCCCCAUAACCGCAACCACCUAACCAGGGUGUUUAAACAUAGCUUUUGGCUACACUGAUAAUAAAAAAACCUGCUUGACACCAAUUCAUCUGCCUGCAUUACAAACUGCGAGGAUAUUUGCUUCAUAUUUUCAAGAAACAGGAGAGAGAAUUAAAUAGCUAUGGGAUUUUCUCAAUUACAUAUCAUAGCGUGCAGAAAUUGUACGUGCUAUGCCGAUUCCAAUAACUUGUUUUUAUGUGCGUUUGAUGUUUUUGCAUUUGGCAAAGACUGUAAAGAAAGUGUAGGGGUUUUUCUGGUUCCGUUGACCUUUAGAACAUAUAUCACUUUUCUAAUUAAAAAGGAACAAAAAUCCGAAGUGGUGGACACAAUCAAAUUAAAGAUUAAAACAGCACAUUAAAAAACAGCUGAACAGAAACCAGAAAACAUAGAGCAUCGGAACCUGAUUUUAAUAGCUUUGUCAAUGAUGUGCUGGAAAAGCAAAGGGGUGAGGGUAUGAGUGGUCUUGCUCGUGUGAUUCUUGCAGAUUAAGCUUCACCUUGCAUCCAAAGGGGAAGGAGCAUCUUCACCACGGCCACAAAGCCCAUCACUGCAGACCUUCGGAUUCAGAGCAGGUGUUAAACAAUGCCAGUAUAAGAGCCGCUUUUGUCCACGCCAUCGGAGAUCUGUUCCAGAGCCUUAGUGUGCUAAUCAGUGCGCUUAUAAUUUUCUUUAAGGUCAGUUUUAUUGAGUUGACUCACCUCCAUAGCAAUUAAGCAUGCAGCUGUUUUCAUAGCACGUCUCAUUUUUAUGCAGUGCAGCAUUUUGUUCUCACAGUGGCCAACCUAUGGGAAGCCUGAAGCAGGGCAUGAGUGUAAUAAGACUCUCCCACACGUGAUCUCAUGCAAACACUAUUGAGAGGGAUGUUGCCUCGGAUACUGGAGGUGUGUUGCCAUUUGAGGGAAUGCCAAAGUCUCACUUCCCACAGCUUGUCUUACAAAAUUUCACUCAGGUCCACACCAUACAUUUACAUCCUUAGACCACCUUAACAGUUAUAUGUGUUCCUGGGAACUGUAGUCUAUUAAGGAGGUUGACCUCAUGGAUCCAAAGUUCCCAGGAUCCUCUGUGACUAUUAAAGGGAUAUGACAGUGCUUUAAAGGCAUGGUGGGAUCUGGCCGCGCUCAAUCAUUAGUUGUUGUUUAUUAAACCGCCAAUGUUGCACUGGGUCAUUUUGUCCUGACUUCAUUCCUCAAAAUGCCACCUCUGUUACGGACACUGCUGUGAGGGUAGGAUGGAGAGAACAGACCCCAAAUUCUGGGUUCCGAUAUGGUUAAUACAGUGGUACCUCUGGAUGUGAACGGGAUCCGUUCCGAAGCCCCGUUCGCAUCCUGAAGUGAACGCAACCCGCAUCUGCGUGUGUGCAGGUCGCGAUUCACUGCUUCCGCGCAUGCACGCGACGUCCUUUUGAGCGUCUGCGCAUGUGCAAGUGGCGAAACCAGGAAGUAACGCGCUCCAUUCACCGCGGAGUGCAACCCGAAAAGGCUUAACCUGAAGCAACUUCAAACCAAGGCAUGACUGUACUUAUUAACUGGUUCAACCUAUUUACAAACCUGUGGUGACAACCACAAGGCAUUUGGUUACAAAGCAAAUUUUAUAUUACAAAGCAUUUUUUAAAGUGCUUGUUAACAGAAAGUGGUUUAUUAUUGGGCUGCUGAAUGGAAAAAAGUAGUGAUGCAAUUGACUUCCGACAAGCACACGGAGUGCGAACAAGACUUGAGUGUAUUGGGGGAGGGGGGGCUCAUUUAAUUUCACUGCACACAGGUGGUGUAGUGACAAUAACAGUUGUUGUUAUUAUUAUUAUUAUUAAUUUUUUAUUAUUCACUGAAUAUCUAUUUUUUCUAGCCAGAAUACAAAAUAGCCGACCCUAUUUGCACAUUUGUAUUUUCUGUACUUAUUCUGGCAACAACCUUCACUAUUUUACGGGACAUUUCAGUUGUGCUGAUGGAAGGUAAGGUGUUUUGUUUGUAGAGCAACUUUUUUCCUGCAGAAUCCUUCCUUCCUUCCUUCCUUCCUUCCUUCCUUCCUUCUAUCUACACUACUUAUUAUCCCACCUUGUUUGCAUUAUGAACCUCAAAGUGAGGUACGUCAGAGGUGUCCAGGUGGCAUCCCAUUCAUGAGCAAAGCCACCUACAGAAUAUCAAAGUAUGAACCAGCAUAGAUCUAAAUAUUGAAUUCAACAAUAAAACAUGAUGUAAACAUGACAGUAUCCCCAGUUCUUAAUGGCUGUCCAGGUAGCUCCCUGGUUUUCUAGGGAGUUUCAUCUGAUGAAGAUGGCCAUGGUUAGGACUGCUGGUGGCAUAAACCUCAGCAUGACUAUGCAUUCAUUCAAAAAUUAUGGGAUUUCGUUAUUACAUUUCUCCUGUCCCACCAGAUAUCAAUGAACGUGGGGUGCAGGAAAUACCCAGCAGACCCAAACCUAGGAGGUCAACAGCAGAGGCUGUUAUUGCUUUGCUUAGAUAUCUAGAAGCAAGUGAGCUGUGUGAAGGAGCAGAUCAGAAGAUGUUUGCAUCAUCCUUUGGCCAGAACUUUGAUUGGUCUGAUUAUCUAACCUGAUCCAACCAUUCUGGGGUUUCUCUUAGCUCUCUGAACAAGCCUCCUGUUCAAAGGAACCUGCCCUUCCACUGUGGAGCACACAAACCCCUUAAUUUACUUUCACGAAGGACCAGUUCACAUAUGUAUGCAGCCUGGUGGUCUUUCACAUGCCGUAAUGGUGGAUUAUUUCUCUUCCCCCUCUCCUUCCCUCUCUCUCAGAUAUGCAGUGCAACAUGCAAAGCCCUUAUGUAGAGAGAUUGGGGUUGCACAAACUUUCCAAUGAUAACAAGGGAGGCAGAAAUAAUGGUGGGGCUGUGUGUAUUCUUGAAAUGUUCUGUGCAUGGUGAAUUGGGUUGGUGUGGAUACACCUCUCUUUCCACUAUGGGAAGAAAUUAGAUUGGCUUGGUAAACACACGGACAAGCUCAGAAAUGAAGCAUUUCUAAUGAUCUGUGAUUAAAAAUUCUCUUUAACUGUAGGAAUCUGUAUUCUGGAAAUAAAAAAAGGCAUUUACCCCCUUUUCUACAGGGUCCCCUGGGGUACUUCCCUAUGAUGAGGUGAAAGAGAGAAUUCUAGCAAUAGAAAAAGUGGAGUCUGUUCACAGCCUUCAUCUUUGGUGUCUGACAAUGAAUCAGAUACUCCUAUCAGCUCACAUCGUCACAGGUCAGUACAUUUCUGUAAAAUAAAAAAAUGAGCGUUUUCUUGGGAAAUGAGGUCAAGCUGAAGUAAAGGCCACUAUUUAUCUGUGGUCACUGCUUGGUUGUUUUAAAAAGGGUACAUAAGAUGAUGGGGGAAAAAAUUGUUGUGGAUCUUAUGGUCCCAGCUCAGAACAUACAUCUCAUUGACAUCAAAUGGCAGUUCCUUCUAUGCGCUUGUAAUUGUAGCCUACCUGAGUGUAAGCUGUGAGCCAGAAGUUCAAAUCUUAGCCACAAGGUAGCCUUUGCUAGGGGGUGUAAUGGGCACCACAUAUCUGGCUCAGGGAAUCAAAUCCCACGGUGGCAGCCCAGAAUCAGAGAAACAAUCAAAGUCCUUACCAAGCAAUUUAUUCAAUAAUUUACAGAGAAUGAUGAAGGAAUCAUUCCUAAUAAUGGUGUUGCUCCAAGUAAAGUCCCACCCCUCCUGAAAGGUAAAGGGACCCCUGACCGUUAGGUCCAUUCGCGGACAACUCUGGGGUUGCGGCGCUCUUUUCGCUUUACUGGCAGAGGGAGCCGGUGUACAGCUUCCACGUCAUGAGUGGUACCUAUUUAUCUACUUGCACUUUGACAUGCUUUUGAACUGCUAUGUUGGCAGGAGCAGGGACCAAGUAACGGGAGCUCACCCUGUUGCAGGGAUUCAAACUGCCGACCUUCUGAUCGCCAAGCCCUAGACUGUGGUUUAGAACACAGCGCCACCCGUGUCCUAGCCCACCCCUCCUACAUCUCCCUUAUUUGACAUCACUCCUGCGUCGGUUAAUCUGAGCUUUCUGCCUCUGAGCUCUCUAUUCUAAUACCCUCAAUGCCCGUCUGGUCUUAGGAAUUCCAGAAAUUAGGGUUCCAGGAAUGCUUUCCAAGGACACUGAGUCUGUCAGCUGUCUCUUCCCUGGUGCUUCUCCUUCUUCCUGCUGUUCUCCUUUCAGUAUUUCCUAGUUUCUGCCCUCUGCAGCCUCUGAAUUAUGCCCUUCUGUAAACCACUGUUCUAAAUCUAUACUAUCCUCCCGUUCUCAGGAAGGUUCAGGAGAAGAGGGAGUGGCCCCCACCAUUCCUCUUCAGUCCAGUCCCUGACACCACAGCUCUCUCGAGCUCAGAGCCCUCUGUCUGAGAUAUGAAGAUGAUAAUUAUACUGACCAGGAAAAAGGGGAAUGGAAAUAUUUACUUUUGAAGAAAAGUUACGCUUGAAAGUCACUAGGGUCCUGUUUACUGGGCAUUUGUCCUGAUUUGUUCACAAACAGUUUUAUGACAUCCACGAUUACUGAGCAUUUAUCCAGAUUAUCUUGCACACAGAUUGCGGGGAGUUUAUAUGACAUAUUGUGCAUCCAUUCUGAUUUUUCUGUGGGGAGGUUUUAUGAUGUCACGUCAAAUAAUUGUUAUCCCAUCGUUUCCACUGCAUUUACCUGUCAGUUUCCUUAAUGCAAAAAGCCUGGGUUGUUCUUUUAAGCAGCUUUGUUUCCCAAGUGUACCAAAAACACUUUAAUUGUUUAACCUGAAUUUGAAUUCUUCCCUACAGAUUAGCAACAGUCUGGAAGCCGCCUAGUUUUUGUGAGCCCCACCCCUUGUUCGACAAACUCUUCUCCUUAGGACUGCAAGAUGUGCACUGUAUCCAUUAAUUCCUUGUGUUUGUCUCCUACAGUGGAUGCUGCAGACAAACAACAGAUUUUGAAUAAAAUUACUGAAGUUCUAUUUGACACUCACCAUUUCUACGCGGUCACCCUUCAAAUUGAAGCCAAAGCAGACCAGAAACCAGGCUGUGUUUUCUGUCAAGACCCAAGAGACUGA